GCCCGGCGCCAUUUAGCGCGGAGUUUCCUCGGCGGACGCGGCUCUUCUCCCUCAGCCUCUCCGCACCGGUCUCCGUGACAGAAGGUGCCUGACGGAGUGACUGUCCUUCCUUCUUCCGGCCCUCCUCGGCCCGGAGGAGCAGCGGGCUCGGGCCCUCCCUCCGCGUCGGGCGAUGGGCGGCCUGUGAGGCCGUCCAGCUGGGCGGGGAGGAGGAGCGGCCGCCCGCCUGGCCGCGAGCCCCGAAGCGGCCUCCCCUGCCUCUGCGCCUCAGCCGCCCCCGCUCGGGGUCCGCGGGCCGCCACCGCCGCCGUCCUCAGGGCCCAGCACGCCCGGACUCGGAGCCGGCUGCGCGCCGCCCCGAUGAGUGCGCGGCCCCGCCGCUGCAGCCCGCCCGGCCGCCGCUCGCCGCACGAUGGGUGCGGGCCGUGAGGCGCCAGCCCCCGUGCCUCCGCCCCGCCGCCUCCCCCGACCAGCCCGCCUCGAGAGCCGCAGCGGCCGCCGCAGCCGGGCCCGGUGUCCCGCCUCCCGCUCGGGCCGCCGCGUCAGUGCCGAGUGAGGGGCCGUCGGCCCGCAGCCUCGCCGCCCCGGGCCGACCCCCUCCUUUCGCGAAUCGAGCCGCCCGCCUCGCUCCCGCUCCCACCAUGUCUGGCGGCGCCGCCGACCAGCAGAGCAGCGCCCCGGGCUCGGUGUUCCUCUCGCCGCCGGCGCCUCUCCCCAAGAAUGGCUCCAGCUCGGACUCCUCGGUGGGGGAGAAACUGGGCGCCGCGGCGGCGGACGGCGGAGCCGGCAGGACGGAGGAGUACCGGCGUCGCCGCCACACCAUGGACAAGGACAGCCGGGGGGCGGCCGCGACUACCACCACAGAGCACCGCUUCUUCCGCCGCAGCGUCAUCUGCGACUCCAACGCCACGGCGCUGGAGCUGCCCGGCCUCCCCGUCCCGCUCCCCCAGCCCAGCGCCGCCGCCGCGGUCCCGCAGAGGAGUCCCCCGGAACCGCACCGCGAGGAGACCCUGACCGCCGCCGUCGCCCCAGUGGCCCGGCAGCCGCCCGCCGCCGGCGUCCCCGGGGAACCUGCCGCCGCGGGCCCAGCUGCCGCCUCGGCCCCCGGCCUCGUCGGCAGAGACCGCCAGGUUGCCCAGCCCAGCCACGCGGGGAGCAAGGAGGAGCCCCCGUCGGCCAGAAGUGGCAGCGGCGGCGGCAGCGCCAAGGAGCCCCAGGAGGAACGGAGCCAGCAGCAGGAUGACAUCGAGGAGCUGGAGACCAAGGCCGUGGGAAUGUCCAAUGAUGGCCGCUUCCUCAAGUUUGACAUCGAAAUCGGCAGGGGCUCUUUUAAGACGGUUUACAAGGGUCUGGACACCGAAACCACUGUGGAGGUCGCCUGGUGUGAACUGCAGGAUCGAAAGUUAACAAAGUCUGAGAGGCAGAGAUUUAAAGAAGAGGCAGAAAUGUUAAAGGGUCUUCAGCAUCCCAAUAUUGUUCGAUUCUACGACUCCUGGGAAUCCACAGUGAAGGGAAAGAAGUGCAUUGUUUUGGUGACUGAACUUAUGACGUCUGGAACACUUAAAACGUACCUGAAAAGGUUUAAAGUGAUGAAGAUCAAAGUUCUGAGAAGCUGGUGCCGUCAGAUUCUUAAAGGACUUCAGUUUCUUCAUACUCGAACUCCACCUAUUAUUCACCGGGAUCUGAAGUGUGACAAUAUCUUUAUCACUGGUCCUACGGGCUCAGUUAAGAUUGGAGACCUGGGUCUGGCAACCUUAAAGCGGGCUUCUUUUGCCAAGAGUGUGAUAGGUACCCCAGAGUUCAUGGCCCCUGAGAUGUAUGAAGAGAAAUAUGAUGAAUCCGUUGAUGUUUAUGCUUUUGGGAUGUGCAUGCUUGAGAUGGCCACGUCUGAAUACCCUUACUCAGAGUGCCAAAAUGCUGCGCAGAUCUACCGUCGAGUGACAAGUGGGGUAAAGCCAGCCAGUUUUGACAAAGUAGCAAUUCCUGAAGUGAAAGAAAUUAUUGAAGGAUGCAUACGGCAAAACAAAGAUGAAAGAUACUCUAUCAAAGACCUUUUGAACCAUGCCUUCUUCCAGGAGGAAACAGGGGUACGGGUAGAAUUAGCAGAAGAAGAUGAUGGAGAAAAGAUAGCCAUUAAAUUAUGGCUACGUAUUGAAGACAUUAAGAAGUUAAAGGGGAAAUACAAAGACAAUGAAGCUAUUGAGUUUUCCUUUGACCUGGAGAGAGAUGUGCCAGAAGAUGUUGCUCAGGAAAUGGUAGAGUCUGGGUAUGUCUGUGAAGGGGAUCACAAGACCAUGGCAAAAGCCAUCAGAGACAGAGUGUCCUUGAUUAAGAGGAAACGAGAGCAGCGGCAGCUGGUGCGGGAGGAGCAGGAGAAGAGGAAGCAGGAGGAGAGCAGGCUCACGCAGCAGGCCGAGCUGCUGCCAGGCGCUCCCCAGGCGGGGGUCCCGCCGCCCCCCUCCGCCUGCCCUGGCCUGCCUGCUGCCUCUGCCGCCUCAGCUUCUGUGUCCACACAAGUGGAGCCGGAGGAGCCGGAGGCCGAUCAGCAUCAGCAGCUGCAGUACCAGCAACCAAGUGCAUCCGUGUUAUCUGACGGGACGGUUGACAGUGGUCAGGGAUCUUCUGUCUUCACAGAAUCUCGAGUGAGCAGCCAACAGACAGUCUCCUAUGGUUCCCAGCAUGAGCAGGCACAUUCUACUGGCGCACUCCCGGGGCACACGGCGUCUGUUGUCCCGGCACAGGCUCAGCCUCAUGGGGUAUAUCCGCCCUCGAGUAUGGCACAGGGGCAGAGCCAGGGUCAGCCGUCUUCAAGUAGUUUAGCAGGGGUUCCAGCUUCCCAACCUGUACAACAUUCUCAGCAGCAGCAGGGAGUCCAGCAGACAGCCUCCUCUCAGCCGACGGUGCAGUAUUCCCUUCCACAGGCACCGGCCUCCAGUGAGGCCCUGACUGCACAGCCAGCGAGCCAGCCUCCGCCCCCGCAGGUGUUGCCUCACGUGUCAGUGGGGAAACAGCUUCCAGUUUCCCAGCCAGUACCAACUAUCCAAGGCGAACCUCAGAUCCCAGUGGCGACACAGCCCUCAGUUGUUCCAGUCCAUUCUGGUGCUCAUUUCCUCCCUGUGGGACAGCCACUCCCACCUUCCUUACUCCCUCAGUUCCCUGUCUCUCAUAUCUCCUCGGCGCCUCCCGCCUCUGCAGCUCAGCCGGGUUUCUCACCCCUUCCCGCCACAAUGGCAGCUGGCCUUGCCCAGCCUCUGCUCACCUUGGCUUCACCUGCUGCAGCAGCUGCAGGCCCAGGGGCACCCGCUGUGCUUCCUAGCCAGCUUCCAGCCCUCCUGCAGCCUGCGACCCAGCUGCCGGGUCAGGCUCACCCGCAGCUCCUGCAGCCAGCAGUCCAGUCCACGGGGAUACCCGCUAGCCUUGGACAGACUGCUGAGGCUCCACUUCCCUCUGGAGAUGCUCUCUACCAGGGCUUCCCACCUCGACUGCCACCACAGUACCCAGGAGAUUCAAAUAUUGCUCCCUCUUCCAGCGUGGCUUCUGUUUGCCUCCCUUCUACAGUCCUGUCCCCUCCCUUGCCGACAGAAGCAUUGGCUGCCCCAGGUUACUUUCCUACAGUGGUGCAGCCUUAUGUGGAAUCAAAUCUUUUGGUUUCCGUGGGCAGUAUAGGAGGACAGGUUCAAGUGCCCCAGCCAGCAGUGAGCUUAGCACAAGCCCCCACUACAUCCUCCCAGCAAGCAGCUCUGGAGAGUACUCGAGGAGUCCCUCAGGUCGCUCCUCCAGAGCCAGCUCCAGUGGCACAGCCACAGCCCGCCCACCCUGCCGCCUUGGUCUCUUCUAUAGACAGUGCACAUUCAGAUGUGGCUUCAGGAAUGAGUGACGGCAAUGAGACUGUCGCAUCGUCUAGCGGAAGGCAUGAAGGGAGAACCACGAAGCGGCAUUGCAGGAAAUCUGUGAGAAGUCGCUCUCGCCAUGAAAAGACUUCACGCCCCAAACUGAGAAUUUUGAAUGUUUCAAAUAAAGGAGACCGGGUAGUAGAAUGUCAACUAGAGACUCACAACCGGAAAAUGGUUACAUUCAAAUUUGACUUAGAUGGUGACAACCCUGAGGAGAUAGCAACAAUUAUGGUGAACAAUGACUUUAUUCUGGCAACAGAAAGAGAGUCAUUUGUGGAUCAGGUGCGGGAAAUUAUUGAAAAAGCUGAUGAGAUGCUCAGUGAGGAUGUCAGUGUGGAGCCAGAGGGUGACCAGGGGUUGGAGCGUCUGCAGGGAAAGGAUGACUAUGGCUUUUCAGGGUCUCAGAAAUUGGAAGGAGAGUUCAAACAACCAGCUCCUGUGUCUUCCAUGCCACAGCAAAUAGGCAUUCCUCCCAGUUCUUUAACUCAAGUUGUUCAUUCUGCUGGAAGACGGUUUAUUGUCAGUCCAGUGCCGGAAAGUCGAUUACGAGAGUCAAAGCUUUUUGCUGGUGAAAUAUCAGAUACAGUUGCUGCUGCUUCUACAUCUCCUGGCACCGGAAUGAACUUGUCUCACUCUGCUUCAUCCCUUAGUCUACAGCAGGCCUUUUCUGAACUUAGAUAUGCCCAAAUGACAGAAGGGCCCAGCACAGCACCUCCUAACUUUGGUCAUACAGGACCAACAUUUCCAGUCGUGCCUCCUUCCACAAGUAGCAUUGCUGGAGCCGCAACCACAGUAGCGGCCACACUUUCAGUAUCAGCCCCCGCAGCUAGCUGCCCUCUUACUGACAUCUCCACAUCAGUAAUGCAGUCUGAGAUUACAGUGGCGCCUGAAAAAGGGACUGCUGGGGUUGCCACCUGCACAGGUGUGACACCAUCAAGCAGUCUCCCUAUCCCGGCUGCAUCUGAAUCCCCAGUGCUCUCCAACGUGAUUUCAGGCAUCACGGCGCCCACCGCUGUCUCAGUGUCAGCAGCUUCCAAGUCAGUUCAGGCUCCUGCCCCUGGGGGCGCCUCUUCUAGUGUGGAUGCGUCCCCCUCUGUGCCCAUUUCAGUGACUCCUGCCUCGGCAGGGAGCAGCACUGCUGCCCUGGGUACUAAGCCUGCACCCGGGCCAUCUCAGCAGGCAGGAGUUAGCACUGCCGGGGUAGCCACGUCAGCAUCAGUUUCUGCCACCACUCCGGCACCGAGCACGGCUUCACAGUCGUCUGUCCCGCUCAGCAGCAGCGCCUCGGCUCCUGCCCUGUCCGAGACGGUGGUGGUCAGUGCACACGCCCUAGAUAAGACUUCUCACAGCAGUGCAGCGGGCUUGGCUUCGACCCUCCCGGCCUCAUCUUCCUCUCCCUCCCCUGGGGCAGGGGUAUCUAGUUCUGUUUCUCAGCCUGGUGCGGCUCAUCCUUCAGCCGUCACCUCAGCUGUAGCUUCUGCUCCUGUCCCUUCCCAAGCAGGACCUGCUUCUGCACCUCUGUUACCCCAAGUACCUGGCAUCCCACCCUUGGUACAGCCUGUGGCCAGUGUGCCUGCCGUACAGCAGACACUAAUUCAUGGCCAGCCCCAGCCAGCUUUGCUCCCCAGCCAGCCCCAUGCUCACUGUCCUGAAGUAGACACUGAUACACAACCCAAAGCUCCGGGGAUCGAUGACAUAAAGACUUUAGAGGAGAAGCUGCGGUCUCUCUUCAGUGAGCACAGCUGCUCUGGAGCUCAGCAUGCCCCUGUCUCCCUGGAGACGUCGCUGGUGGUGGAGACCACUGUCCCUCCAGGCGUCCCGACCACUGCCGUCGCACCGAGCAGACUCAUGACUUCCACUACGAGCACUUGCCUGCCACCAGCCAGUUUGCCGCUAGGAACAGCUGGUUUGUCGGGUCCAGCAGGAGUCACACCUGGGCAGGUUUCCGCCCCGGUCAGCACUGCACCAGGAGUGAAACCUGGAACCGCUCCAGUGAAGCCACCUUUAACUAAACCUCAAGUGCUACCAGUGGGUACUGAACUUCCAGCUGGUACUCCACCCAGCGAGCAGCUGCCGCCUUUUCCGGGACCUUCACUAACUCAGCAGCCCCUGGAGGAUCUUGAUGCUCAGCUGAGGAGAACGCUUAGUCCAGAGACUGUCGUGCUGACGUCUGCAGUUGGUCCGGCGUCCGCGGUGGCCCCCACAGCAGCUGUGGAAGCAGGAGCGCAGCUUCGGAAGGACGUUCCUCAAGUCACAGAAGGUCCUGUCUUAGCACCUACUUCAGGCCCUGGUGGUGUUUUUAAGAUGGGGCGAUUUCAGGUUUCAGUUGCAGUGGAUGACACCCAGAAAGAAGGUAGAAAUAAGGCAGAAGAUGCAAAGUCUGUUCAUUUUGAGUCCAGCACUUCAGAGUCCUCCGUGCUGUCAAGCAGUAGUCCCGAGAGCACCCUGGUGAAGCCAGAGCCCAGUGGGAUAGCUGUCCGUGACACCUCUUCUGAUAUGCCAGAUGGUGCCCGCAGAACUCCCGCCUCAGAAGCAAAGUCAGAAGCUGGGCAGCCUACCAAGGUUGGGCGUUUUCAGGUGACAACUACAACGAACAAAGUAGGCCGUUUCUCGGUUUCAAGAACUGAAGACAAGGUAACUGAGGCAAAGGAAGAGGGACCAGUGGCAUCUCCCCCUUUUAUGGAUUUGGAACAUGCUGCUCUUCCUGCUGUGGUACCAAAGAAAGAAAAGCCUGAACUCUCAGGACCGUCACACCAGAACGGGCCGUCUUCUGACCUGGAGGCCGCCUUCCUAAGUAGGGACGUGGAUGAUGGUUCAGGUAGUCCACACUCCCCCCAUCAGCUGAGCAAGAGCCUUCCCAUCCAGAACCUAAGUCAAAGCCUUAGUAACUCAUUCAACUCCUCUUACAUGAGCAGUGACAAUGAGUCAGAUAUUGAAGAUGAAGACUUAAAGUUAGAGCUGCGAAGACUUCGAGAAAAACAUCUUAAAGAGAUUCAAGACCUGCAGAGCCGCCAGAAGCAUGAAAUUGAGUCUUUGUACACCAGACUGGGCAAGGCUCUCCCUGCCGUCAUCAUCCCCCCCGCUGCCCCCCUGGCGGGGAGAAGAAGGCGGCCCACCAAAAGUAAAGGCAGCAAAUCUAGUCGCAGCAGCUCCUUGGGGAAUAAGAGCCCUGGUCCAGGUAACCUGUCCGGUCAGAGUGCAGCUUCAGGCGUGCACCCCCAGCAGACCCUCCCCACUCCUGGCAACAUCCCAGAGCCCGGGCAGAAUCAGCUGUUACAGCCCCUUAAGCCCUCUCCCUCCAGUGAUCACCUCUAUUCAGCCUUCACCAGCGAUGGUGCCAUUUCAGUACCAAGCCUUUCUGCUCCAGGCCAAGGCUGUGCGAAGUUUAACUGUACGUCUGAGCAGGUGACGUUCAAACCUGGUGGCAGGAGGACCCGAUUUCUGAGUACGCCCUGCUUGGCUCUUUGGAAGAUGGUGAAAAAAGUCUGUCCUUGCAACCAGCUCUGUAUGUGCCCGCCAGCAGAGCCGAAAUCAGGGACCAGCAGCACCAACACUGUCGGGGGAGCCACGAACAGCCAGGCUGCCCCGGCCCAGCCUCCUGCCAUGGCGUCCAGCAGGAAGGGCACCUUCACCGAUGACCUGCACAAGCUGGUGGACAACUGGGCCCGGGACGCCAUGAGUCUCUCAGGCAGGAGAGGGAGCAAAGGGCACACGAGCUACGAGGGCCCUGGCAUGGCGAGGAAGUUCUCCGCGCCCGGUCAGCUGUGCGUCUCCAUGACCUCAAACCUGGGCAGCUCUGCCCCCAUCGCUGCGGCAUCAGCUACCUCUCUGGCUCACUUCACCAAGUCCAUGUGCCCCCCGCAGCAGUACGGCUUCCCAGCUCCCCCCUUUGGCACGCAGUGGAGUGGGACGGGUGGCCCAGCACCACAGCCGCUUAGCCAGUUCCAGCCUGUGGGAACUGCGUCCUUGCAGAAUUUCAACAUCAGCAGUUUGCAGAAAUCCAUCAGCAACCCCCCAGGUUCCAACCUGCGGACCACUUAGACCUAGAGACACCCGCCGAGUAGGUUUGGGGGCAGGAGGUGGAACGGUGGGGGGUGGGGGGUGGGGUGGGAAAGUAGCCUAUAUACUAACUACUAGUGCUGCACUUAACUGGUUAUUUCAGACAGGAAUGUGUCCAUGCCGCUUAGAGCCCUCUGAGUGGGGACUGUCCCUCUGCUGUCACUGUUCUCUGCAGUGGGAUGAGAAGGGAAGAGCAGCUUUCUCGUGUAUGCUUUGUUGUUUAUCUUUACCCAACAGCGAGCGCUGGGAAAGGCAGUCAGUCCUCUCUGUCAGAAAGCCACUAGAGAGCUCAGCAGGAGAGCUGAGGCUGUCUGCGUUUUCAAGCAGUGGGGCUCUUAAUUUUGGUACCCACCCCAAAUUCUUUAUUCCCUCAAGAAUCUAAAUCACAAGACAAAAAAAACAAAACAAAACCAAAAAGGAUUGGGUUCUCUCCUACCACCCCCCCCCCCCCCCGCCCCCCGGUCAGCUCUUCAGAGCCCAGCGAGGACACCAGGGGACUGAGGCCUCAGCCCUUCCUUACGAUAGGUCAUUAGUGCUUUAAGCAAAUGGUAUUCGCAGCUUUGACUGCAGCAUUAGCAAUUAGGAAAAGAAUUUAAGUUCCCUGCGGACAUGUAACUUUGCCAUCAGUUUUGAUGUGGAAACACUGUGAUAUUAUAUAAAUGUUGUUGGACAACAGUAGUUUUAAGAGUAAAGUAUGAAAGGUUUAAAAAGUUGAAAAAGGCUAGCUCUGUCCUUUACUUACUGAGACUUUUAACUUUCUCCUUUGUAUUUCCAUUGUAUUAAAUAAAUAAAUAAAUGUGAAUGUAAAAUUGUAUAAAUUACUGUACUUGAACACUUGUGUUCUCCCAGUACUGCUCGCUGGACGUUUUAGUGCCUUGGACUUCUUCUAUUGCUUCUGCCGUUAGCAUCGCCUUCUCAUCUGACCCCAGUCAGCAAAGGGCAUGUGGAAGGAAGUCUCGGGUCUGCGCGACCCCAGCUGUGGACUCUUGCCAUAAGGAAACUGAGGUUUUUGUUUUUGUUUUUGUUUUUUCUCCAAGUCAUUCAGCAGUUUUGUCUAGAGCAGGUGUAAGAUGAGCAAGGUGAGAAGUUGACGUCAGUGGUUAAAAGCAGAAAACUGUUUCAGGAUAAGUGAGGAGAGGGGUAUUGUAACAAAACUGGGUGAUUUAAAAGAUUAAGGGUGGCGUGUGGUAAGUGAUGAAAGAAACAAAGACUAAAGAACAGGAGGACAAACCUGCCUGAAGGCCUGUGGAUGCCACGAGCCUUCCCUCCUAGAGCUGGGCUCGAGCAGACCAGACCUGAAGUGGCUGAAUGAAAAGGGCAGGUGAGGGCUGGACGGGAUGUGUGAUCGUGAGAAGUCACAGGUGGAGGAAGUUGCUCUAAGAAAAGUCAUUUGGAUUGCUUCCCUCUUGUUGCAAACGGACCGUGCGUUUCUCGGCCUGGGUACUGCAGUCUGUGGAGAGUGGGCCUGCGUCUGAAGGAAGCGUUGUGAGAAAGAGUGCUUAUUCCUGUCCAUUUGCCACAUGAUGCCCGAGUGGUUGCAGGAUCAUAACCUCUUGUGCCACCUUUAGAAUUACAACGGAUGUUCUCGCACUUUCACAUAAACUGCAACCAGCCAGUGUUACUCAGUGCUGUGCCUGCUUGUAAUGGGCAGUUGUGUUCUUCUUGGAGCUUUCAGGAGAUACUCUCCUAAUUGGCUGUGUUUGAGAUCCUUAUUCUCUCGGAAGAUGGGGAAAUAAGCCAAGACUCCUAAAUCUUGGGGUGCUUCUCCUCUUGACUCUCGAGCUGGGAAACUGACACGUUUCCAGCCUCUUACCCACCUCAGUGGCUCAUCCCAGGAGCCGCCAUGGCAGGAGGACCCUGGUUGGCUAUCCUGUCCUGUCCUGUCCUGUCUGUCACUGGCCAUUUUCUUAAGAUCACCAAGGCCCCAAAGAUGCAAAUGAAAGCUGAAGAGUUUAGGAAGGUGGGAGAAGGGCAGGCAUUCCAAGCUCUGCUUCCGAUCCUGAGGGAGAUGGUAGGAGUCAGGACAGGACAAGGUGCCAAGGAAAUAGGUCCCUGACACCUGAGACGGAGGAGGCAGUGCUUGGUACCAGAGGGAUGAGGGAGCCAGGUGCAGCACGUGACUGUUAUUUUGGUUUAAUCAUUCUGAGAUCUUCACUCACAUGUGGAAAGUAAGAACUGGUUUUAUUUACUGUUGAUUUUUUUCCCUCCUGUGGAUGAAAUAACUGAGGCCUAGAGGAAUGAACUAGUGCUACUGAACUGUCUAAAUUAUUUUUGUGUUAAUAGUACACUUUGAGCAUCUUUUUCCACAUUAAAAAACAACUUUCUGAAUUAUAAAUGUUUUCCUUACAUUAUUUAACAAUGUACACUGUUUAAAAAACAAAUAAACUGAACUGAAACCUUGGGGAUUCCUGUGCGUUUGGCACUAACCCGGGGGGUGCGCUUCCUGCUUCGGUUUGUUACCUUUGUAGACAUACUUGAGACCUUCAAAUAAACCAGACUUGCUUUUGUUGA